AUGUUUUCUGAUUAAAAUUUGGGUUUAUAUGUUGGAAAUGAAAAAUCAUAAAUAAAUAAUGGAGUUAUAAGUAGAAAGAGAAGAAAUAUUAGAAAUCUUGAUCCAAAUGUUUUAUUGUAGAAGACAUAAAGUAAAAAUGAGAGUUCUAUUGAAAAUGAUAGCAUUAACAAAAUUCAAAAAUUAAAAGAAAAGAUGAAUUUAAUUAAUGAAUCGUAACAAUUAUUAUAAGAUACAGAUAUAAUGUCUACUUUAUAAAUCAAACCUAUUUAAAGUAAUUUAAUAAAUUUAUACUCUCCAUUAAAAUUACCUUUAAAAUAGAAAUCAUCUUCUUAAUAUAUGAAAAAGAAUGAUGAUGGAUUUUUAUAAUCUCCAAUAGAUAAUUAUAUUUUGAAGAAAUUAGAGAAAAUAGCUGAAGGAAAUAAAGAUUAAUAGUGUAUUUAAUAAUUUUCACCUGAAAGGGUAUAUUUAUUAAUAAUUUUAGGCAUAAAUAAGAUAAGUAAAAAAAUUGUUACCUAUUCAAUCUUUAACAAGACAUAAAAAUUCAUUUUUUGGAGAGAUGACAUAAUAAAGAAAUUCAGUUGACUUUCAAUCUGAAUAGUAUCGUGAUAAUGUAAAUAAUUUGUUAUAUAAUUUAAUAUUUAGAAUUCUUUAAAUUACAAUAAAUAAUAAUCUGAUUAAUAAUUGUCACUCAUGUAUAACUAAUUAAAAUAAUUAAGUUCUAAUAGAUACUAAAGUAUCAAAAGUAUUGAUAUAUUUUGAUAAUAAUAAUUUACUAUUUAUUAUCUAUUAUUUUUAUAACAAUAUAUUUAAAAUACAUAAUAAUUAAUUUAAAUAAAUUGAUUUUCAUAUCAUAAUGGAAAGAAAACCUAUUGGAGAGAAACUUAGCAAUAUAAGUGCUUUAAUUUAAAAACAAUAAUAACCAAAAGAGUAUUAAUUUCAUAAAUCUAGUUCAUAAGAUGACCAAGAUGAAAUGAAGCAAUAUAAAAUGAUUUUUCCUAAUAUGAAUAAAUAAGAAAGUUAAGAAAAAAAUUAGUUAAAAGAUUCUGACAAACUAUAAUAAGUUUAAUCUAUUAUAUAAGAAUAAAAAUAAUUUCAAAAGUAUCAAACAAUAUCAAACUAUUUUUAGUGAUAUUUCAAAACUUUUGAAUAGAUUAGGUAAGAUAUAAGAAUAAAAUCCUCAGUCAAAUACUAAAACCAUAAAUAUUAACCAAUAAUAAAGUCCUUAAAGCCCUUUUGAAUAAAGUCAGAACUAAACUCCUAAUAAUAGAAUGACAUAAAGUGUAUCCGUUUUACCUAAAUAAGGUACACCUGCACAACCUCCAUAACCAAUUCAAUUAUUUGUAUAAAAUAGUCCAAUUAAUGAUUAAUAAUUUAGAAAUUUAAAAGAAUAGAAUGUAGAUUUGUUAAGAUAAAUUGCAUAAUUGUAGCCAUUAUAAUAAGUAGUAAAUGAUGUAAUUAUAUAUUAAAUAAAAUAGUUAAAACUUUUAUUAUAAUAAUGUAAUGAUAGAAUUAGAGAAUAACAAAAGUAAAUCGAUAUAAUACUAUAAGAAAACAUUUAAUUGAAACAAUAAAUUAUUCUUAUUGAUUAAGAAAAAGUAAAUAAUAAAAGAUAAUUUGAUGAUAUUAUGGCAAAUACAUAAUUAAUUCAUUAAAGAGAUAUGUAGGCAAUUAGAUUUUAAGCAUAAGAGAAUUUAAAUGCAUUAGAAUCUACUUGGAAAUAAUAAUAUGUAUUAUUAAGAACAGAAAAUGAGGCUAUUAUAAAUAAUUUAAAUACUAAAUUAGCAAUAACAUAAAAGGAUAAUUAAAGUUAAUAGGAUCUCAUUAAUAACUUAUUAGUUUAGAAUAAAGAACUAUAAUAAAAUUUAUGUAAUUAUUAUUUAAAAUUUAGAAAGCAGAAUAACUGAUUUAAGUUUUACUUAAUAAACAUUAGUAUAAAAAUAAUAAGAAUUUGAAUAGUUAUAGUAUAAUUAUAACAAUUCUUUAGAGAAAUAUGAAAUAAAUACAAAAUAAAUGAUUAAUUAAAAUUUGGAAAAAUAACAAUAAUAUGAAAAAAUGAUACUUGAAUUAAAAUAACAUAAUGAUAUUUUAAGUUAAUAAAUUGUUGAAUUAGAUUAAACUCAUAAAUAAUUAAUUUCUAAUUAACAAUUGAAGGUAUAGCAUCAUAUAAAUGGUAAAUUAGAAGAAGUAUAAAAAAUGAGUAUUAUUGAAAAAUAAUAAAUUUAAUAACAUUAUGAAGAAAAAUUAAAUAAAUUGAAUUCUGAUGUAAUAUAUAUUAUAAUUAUAAAUUAGAAAGAAUCAUAAAUUAAUUAAUAAUAAUAAUAGAUCAUAUAUUUAGAAUAAAAAUUAUCAAUAUUAAUUUAAGAAAACAAGACUUUAGUAGAUUAAUUAAAUAAAGUAUAGAAAAAAGCAGAAAAUCUUGAAUAAAUUAUGAUCACCUAAGAAGCAGCAUAUUAAAAUUUAACAAAGGAUUCAUAAAAUAAGACUUUAUCAAUGACUAAAUAAAUUUAAGAUUUAAAUUCUAUGAUUGGAAAUUUUAAUUAAAAUUAUAACAAUUAAUAAACUAGUACAAGAAGAUCAGAUAAUAAUGAAUUUACAGAUAAAAAUAUAUAAUUAGAAUAAUAAUUAGCUUAUAAAAAGGAAGAAAUGGAUUUACUUUUACAUCAUUUAGAUUAAGUAUUUGAAAUUAAUAGAGAUUUUGAAAAUAAAAUAAAAACUUUGUAAGCUCAACUUGAAUUAAUGGAAGAAAAGAGCAAUAGAGAAUAAGAUUAAUAUAAUAAUUAAAUAAAAUAAUUAAAAUAAUAAAAUGAAGAAUUAAAAUAAAGGGUUGAAGUGAGUAUUUAAAUAGAAUAAUAAAAAGAUUAAUAAAUUAAAGAAUUAUAAUAAAAAUUAUAAGAAGAGGAAAUUUUAAAAAGAAAAUAAAAUGAUUUAAUUUAAUCAAAUGAAAAAUAAUAAUUUUUGGAGGUAUAUCUUAAAGUAAUAUAUUUUAGCAAAUAAAACAAUUAAAGAUAAAAAAUGUUGAAUUAAUUAAUCAAAAUGAAAUUUUAGAAUAAAAUCUAAAAGAAAUUAAAGAUAAAUAUGAUUAAUCUUUAAGAGAAUAAAAAGAAUAGUAAUAAGUAAUGUUAUAUUUAAAUAAUUAAAGCGUUUUGAAGAAUAAAAACUAAUUAUUGAAUAGUAAAUUCAAGCUCUUUAAAAAAAAAAUUAAGAAUAACAAUUACCAAUUGUUAAUUAAAUAAAAAGAGAUUUUAGAUCAAAUGAAACAGAUAAGUAAUAAACAGAUAAGGAUUAUUAAAUUAGAAAUCUAGAAUAAAAAAUAAAAGAAAAUGAAAAGAAAUUGAAAGAUUAUGAAUUAAAAUAAAGAACUAUUGAUGAUAUUUAAAAUUAAAAUAAAUAAAUGAUUUAACAUUAUGAAAUUAAAAUUAAAGAAUUAGAAUUGAGAAUAGGUACAUAUGAUGAUCAAAUUAAACUUAAUAAUAAAUAAAAUUCUAUUUAAUUAGCAAAAAUAAAGAAUUUAGAAUAAUAAUUAUUGACAUGUGAAGAUGAUAUAUAAAGAUUAAGUGAUAUAAAUUAAAAUUUAGAAAAUCAUAUUGCAAAAUCAAGCUCAAUGAAAGUUUCUUCUUAAACAAAUAAUAAUAUAGAAUUAUAAAAAUUAUAAGAAGAUAAUUUAAAAUUAUAAGAAUAGUUAAAUUAAAUAAAAAAAGAGAAAUUAAAACUCAUCUAAAGUUAUGAUAAUUAAAUAAAUUCAUUAUAAUAAUAGAAUUAAAAUAAUUUAGAGUAAAUUAAUUAUUUGAAAAUGGAAAAUUAAUAAAUUUAAGAUAAUUUUAAUGAUAAAAUAUAAAAUUUAAAGUAGAAUAUUAAAGAAUUAUAAAAUUAGAUUAAUUUAUUGAAAAAUGAAAAUUCUGAAUUAUAAAUUAAAUAUGAUGAUUUAAAUGAAUAAAAUAAAGUUUUAUAAGAAUAAAUUGCUAAAUUAAAAAAAGAGAAAGCUCAUAUGACAAUGAAAUUAAUGCAUUCUGGAAUAGCAAAUCUUGUUAGUAGUUAAGUAUCAUAAGUUUAAGAUAAAAAUUGA